AUGAGUUUCUCCGGUAAAGUUGUUCUCGUCACGGGUGCGAGCUCCGGUAUAGGAGCAGCCACCGCCAUCUUGUUUUCUAAAGAAGGUGCCAGCGUCGCGAUUGUUGGUAGAAAUGAAAAUAAACUCAGCAACGUUGCGCAGAAGUGCGCGCAAGCAGGAGCACAACCUCUCGUCAUCAGAGCAGACGUUGCCAAUGAAAAAGAAACCAGCACAAUUAUCAAGAAAACAGUAGAUCAUUUCGGAAAACUUGAUGUUCUAGUGAACAACGCUGGAAUGGUAAGGAAAGCUUCUGUCGCUGAUCCUAAUGUUUUGAAAGUAUUCGAUGAAGUCAUGAAUACAAAUCUGCGCUCCAUCGUUCAGCUGACCAGUCUCGCGGCACCGUUUUUACAAGCGACUAAGGGGAAUAUAGUAAACGUGUCGAGUGUAGCAUCAACGAAAAUUAUUGGUGAGAAUUUUAUGUCGUACUGUGUGUCAAAGGCAGGCGUGGAUCACUUUACUCGCUGCGCUGCCUUGGACCUGGCGGCUUCUGGCGUGAGAGUUAACAGCGUCAAUCCUGGGCCGGUCAGGACUGACCUGACUGAGAAUGCUGGAUUGGCGUCCCCUGGAGCUGGCAAUGUUACGUGGGAAUAUGCAAAGAGGGUAACAGCUUUGAACAGGGUUGGAGAACCAGAGGAAAUCGCUGAUGUUAUCGCGUUUCUGGCCAGCGAUAAAGCGAGGAGCAUCACCGGUUCCGUCUACGUCUCUGACAAUGGUCAAUUGUUGAAGUGAAGAAGUAAAUUCAUACUGGCUAAGCAAAAAUGCAAGACUUAGGCAACCGUGCACACGCACACACAUCGUAUACAUACACACGAACAUUCAGAAGACUUAGGUAGAGGGUAAUUUUAAUUAAAUAAUUUGAUUGUUAAAUUGUAUUUAAGCUUUUCCUUCUUUUUUAACAUUGUAUCCAUUUAUAACCCAUUUACUGAGUCCUAGUCCAUCCACUGGGCUUUACUGAAAAUCAGCGUCGCGGAGUGUGCCAUGUGGCUCAUACCGUGACACCAAGCUGAGUAAGGACCAGAUUCAGAUUCAGAUUCAGAUUUUUUAUUUAUAAACAUACAUUAAAUACA